AUGCAGUUCACCAAAUCAACCAUCGUCGUCCAGGCUCUUCUCCUCGCCGUGCUUGUUACGGUUACGCAAGCUCAAAUCCUCAGCGACAUCACUAGCGCUUUGGGCGAAGUAACCUCAGCUGCAGGAGGUGUCUUGUCCACCGUUACUUCGGGAGCCGCGGGCGCCUUUAGCACUGCCACAUCGGGAGCUGGCGGCGUGUUUACGACGGUAACCUCGGGAGCGGGUGGUGCUUUCUCCACUGUCACCUCGGGUGCUGCAGGUGCGUUUAGCACGGCUACAUCGGGCGCAGGCAGUCUGGCUACUGGCGCAUCUUCGGGAGCAGGUAGCGCCGCCAGCGCCGCCUCGUCUGGGGUGAGCAACGCGGCUGUUGGCCAGUUGUCCGCCGGUCUUCCCAUUGGCGCCCUCGCGGCUACCUUGACUGUCCUACUCGGCUCAGCCAUCGCUGGCUCUCUGAUGCUUUGA